AUGCUCCAAAAAAAUGACAAAUUAUUGGCUGCAUACUUGGGAUUCAACACGGUACCUCAACUAUAUUAUUUUGUGCAUUUUCAAGCCCCUAACACGCUGAGGCGUCUGAUUCGGAUAUACUACCGUGACGCUCAAAGCCUAUGGACAACAGAUCUAAGCUGGAUCAAACUGGCACUUGACACAAGUCGUCCAGAUCAAUUUCUAGUUUCAUCAAUGCAAUCUCAACAGAAUUUGGUCGAAGAUGAGCUCAAUGCCACCAUGGAAGAUAUCGAUCCAGCACUAUCGCUUCUUGCUGCGUCAUACAAAUUGAUCAGGGCAUAUCCUAGCCGCUUCUGCCAACGAUCGUCUCCACAGAUAUAUGAAUAUACCUGGGGCAUUCAUCAAGAAGAUUGGAUGCGAGCUUAUGCUGUGGUUACCUUCACAUGUGCAAAACACGUUUUAUUUGCGAGUCAAUACGAAAGAAAUCCCAACGUGGCGUUAUCUGAUGCAUUAGAACCAUAUUUCUCUAAAGAAAUACAAAAUUCUGAAUUUUUUGGAUAUGUAACAGAUGAGUUGUUGGCACAGAGGAAGACGAUGCCUGGUGUCCACAAUAUGAAGGCUGAGAUGGAGCCAGUUGAAGAAAUGAAUGUCCUUGAGCUGGUAGACGACACAGCUGAAAUGCGCAAUUUAUCGCAACUUGCAACAAAGGAUGAGAUUGCCCAUGUCCUGGAUACUGCAGAGUUCUUUCAGUCUAUGUCUGCAGCUGAACGCGAUCGCAUAAUCCAGGAUACUGACAGCGCCUUGUCCGAGAUCAUCACGAAAGCAGUGUGCACAACACUCGGCGCCAUUGUUCCUGGAAUUGACCUGAACAAAGGCUUAAACGCCCUCAGACGCUCAAAUAACAUGCAACAAUCUCCCGUUACCGAGAGUGAGAGCAAAGCGUUACAGACGCUGUUAAAGUCACAGAUCCGCUGCGAGAGGGCUCAGCUUGGAGAGAAUCUUCCACCCAACCAAGACUUGACAAUCAUCUGUAGCUUGAGAGAUAUUGACAUGAAUACCUUGUCUGUCAGCCCGUAUAACCCAUUGUUGAAAGCCAAAGCACCUCAAAUACUAGUGAUCCUGGCUUCGUACGAGACUGGGGCAAAGUUCAUGCUGAAUCCUGAGACACGUCAGCCACAGUCUAGGCAACAGAUACAAGGUCUAAGUGCCCAGAAACAGUAUGACACUACCAACGUAGCUCUCGACGGAUCAUCUCAAAAACCUAGCAAUAGGGAAUAUGACGAUAAUGGCCAUGGAGAUGACGAAGCCCGAUUUUAUCACAGGCCUAGCUGCAGAACGGAGACUGCUCAAAAAAGCCAUGAGAAGAUGGUUAUCCAAAAUGACAUGUGGAAUGUGCGUUUGAUAAAAAGAGAAAACUUUCAUGGGGUUAAUCUAAAGCGAGUAGUAGCUGGUGGAGAAAUAAUGACUGAUCAGCUCACCCCGCGACAAAGACAGCGGUGCGAAGAGUACAUUAGGUUCGUACUUGGGGGAUAUGGACCGGCCUAUCUGCUUCAUCCAGAGCUGUAUAAAGAGUUUUGGUAUACUGGUGGAGGCGAAGUCAGCACCAUAGCGCCUGUGAUUCAAAAAAUCUUCGAGAUGAUAUCUGUGCGACGAGGCUUGUUCACCCCUAUGAAACUUCCGAAUAAUGAUAUUACAUUCGUCGGAAAGAGCGUUGCUGGCCUGACCAUCCGGACAGUUGAGCUCAUGCCAACAGAUACAAAUUUGGGCAGAGAAAAGCUUGAUAAACAUAUCUCCCAGCUUCUCCAAUACACUGGAAAUAUGGAUGUUGAAAGAGGUGCAGUCAAAGCCAUGUUAGACAGCGCGAUUUGUCGCCGAUUAUCUAUGAUUUCGACCGAUAUCAACAAUAUAAAAUUGACUACUCCAACUAAAGGGCUAUUGAAUAUUCUAUCGACUGUUGAAGGAAAUGCCAUGCCACUCACACCUACGGGAGGAUCAGGAGAUAUACACUGGCCAGCUACAUCCGAUACAACUGGUGGUUUACAGUGGCUUUUCUAUCUCACUAGUGACUCACAGAGGUAUAAUUUCCCUACAAACCGGCUAGACCAAGUGCGUUAUGCAGUUUGGGACAGUCCCAAGUACCGCUAUGUACUAUUGAGAGCUCUUGAGGCAAAAGAGCGAGAUGAGAAGCUGUUGGUAUGCGUAAACAACCCGUUGACAUCUCAAAGGAAGGCUUUGCCAAUCUUGUCACAGAGGAAUCAUCGUAGGCUUUGGAGAAUCGGACAAAAGCACAAUGUGGAGUGGGAGAUUCUUAUCGCCAGAUAUACCUUUGAUGCGUUUAUUGAAGGAAGUAUCAUGAAGGAGUAUUCAGCUGUCAUCGCCGCCACAGCAAACAUUGAUGCCGCAAUUAUUGGGGAAGCGCGAAUGAUCUGUGCAUACGAGAUUGUGAAGCAGCAGCUGGGACAAGGAUAUUCGCGGUACCCUAGAAUGAAAGCACCAUGGAAUGAGAUGGAUGGUGAUGAUAUGUGUUAUGAGGGAUACUUUUACUCAGCGCUUGCUGAAUUCUUCUUCCAGAAUCCGAGCCAGGCAUUCUUGGUGGGCCGAUACAACAUUCGACAAAUCGCUCAAGCUUGGAAGGUUGGAAUGAAGAUUACCACUGACAUGGUAAAGAAUCCGCUGCCCUUGGGAAUGGGAGAAGGGUUGACCCUUAAGUAUUUGUGA